GGCUAUAUGAGCGUUGUUCCCUUUGCCUUCCGCGAAAAGAGGGAUUGUUCAAAAAAAUACUUGUGCAUAACCUACAAAUCGCAAAAGUCACAAAUUGUAAAAUAAUAAAUGCAAAUUCUUAUAAAUUCCCUGUUAUUCCUUAAUUAAGUUGUACAAAAUUUGACGAGCUCUUCUUAAAUACGAAACAAUGGCUGGUUAUGAAAUACGGACGAGCAAUAGCAAAAAGGGAAAAGGAUUGUUUGCAACUAAAAAGUACGAUCAGGGCGCAGUCAUUUUAGAAGAGGACCCGCUGGUGUCUUGUCAAUUUGCAUGGAAUGCAGCUUAUAGAUACUUGGCUUGUGAUUAUUGUAUGAGACCCUUGGAAACUCCUGAACAGAAUGUUAGACGCUUGGCAUGCAAGCCAGACAUUGUUUUGCCCCAUUCAAAUUGCUUUGAAACAAAUUUGGAGAGUAUAACGACAUGCAAUCAGUGUGCAGUACUGUACUGUUCAGAGAUGUGCAGAGACAGAGCAUAUGCUACUUACCAUAGGUUGCUCUGUUAUGACACAAGUGAUGCUCAACACCCCAUUACUGUGUUGUUGGAAGCUUGGAAACAAAUGCAUUAUCCUCCAGAAACGACAAACAUAAUGUUACUGGUCAGAAUAUUAGCCUACAUUGAACAGAGUUCAAAUCCAAGUCAAGCUGCAGCUAAAAUCAAGCAAUUUUGUCAUCGUACAGUGAACGAAGAUGCUGAGUUAGUUCACAAACUUUUAGGGGAACAAUUUGCCGACCAAUUAAACACUUUAAGAGAUUUGACUAGUAAUCUGAUAAGUGGAGAACAUGUACAAGAGUUUUUGACACCAGAAGGAUUCUGUUCCCUAAUGGCUCUCAUUGGUACAAAUGGACAAGGUAUUGGAACCAGUCCUUUAGCAAUGUGGGUGAAUGCAGUGCUGGAAAUCACAAUGUCAGAUGAUGAACGGCAACAAAUCGACUUGUUCAUUGAUAAAUUGUACCAAUAUGUUGAAGAAGAGUCAGGCACUUUCCUCAACACAGAAGGCUCUGGAUUGUUCCAAUUACAAAGUGCUUGCAAUCACAGCUGUGCACCAAAUGCUGAGUCUUCAUUCCCUUAUGGCAAUCACAGGAUUCAACUGAAGGCCCUAAAGCCUAUAUUGCCUGGUGACGAGAUAUGCAUCAGUUACUUAGACGAUUGUGCAUUACAGAGAUCGAGACAUUCAAGACAGAAAGAGUUAGCACAAAACUACCUCUUCGUAUGCUGGUGCGAACGAUGCAGUUCACAAUCUUCCCAACCCGACUGCACCAGCGAGGAAGAGAUGAGCGAAGACGACGCAGACGACUGAUGCUCCAACCUGCUCGCCUUCUGUCUGCUGGGCGUUUAAACUGUGGGGAGGAAUUGUCAAGUUUUAAAUAAUGCAACAUUUGUGAAAAGAACAGGAACUGUUGAAUAAAGAUUCUGGUGAUCGUCAUCAAUAUCAGCAUCGGCAUUUACAAAUCGAUAUAUAAAACUUACAACGUAGAAGGACUUGGUACACAUUGAGGUUAGUAUUUAUUAGGUUUAAAAAAAAAACUUUUAAAGUUUUAAUUUAUUUUUUCAGCAAUGUGGAAAACACACAUUACCUGUUAAGUUUUAACUAGCUACCUUAAGUUAUUGUUUUGUGUGUCCAAGUCCUUCUUUCCCCAAAGUUUAAUAAAAGCGGAUAUGGACUCUAAAUAACUAUUUAAAUAGAGUGUUAGUGAAGUGUUUCUGUGAUGAAAUGUAUUACCAAAUUAUUGUGCUAUAUAUUAUGUCGUUGGACACACAUGCGGCGAGAUUUACAAGCUAUUUUUGAAAAGAUUUGCGAACAUAAAAUCAACCUUAUAUGAUUGUUAUACGAAUCUUAUUCGCAAGCACAUCAUUAAAUUUUAUUGCAUGUAUUUGAGUUGUAUGCUAAUGAAAAUAGGGUUGAGUUUACGUUGUAGAAUUCGUAAUAAAAAUAUUAUCCACACACAUAGGGUAGUUGUGGAUUUUUACUUCCUUUU